UUAUUCCCCAAAUUUCUUUCUUUUUCCCAAUUUUGACCAUUGCCUCCGCUUCAAAGCCAGCCCAUUUGGCAAAUUGGCGUUACUGUAGUAACAUAUUUAUGAACUUUCUCUGUAGAAGUAAAAGCGUUACGUAUUGGAAAAUCAUUGGAUUGUAAGACAAAUUGACAAAAACGAAUUGGUGAUUCAAUUGAUUGCGAGUGUUUGAAUGAUUUUUAAUCUGACGAGACUGGCACAUUCCAAUGAUGUAAAAGGGAAUAUCCUUCCACAUGCUUACCAACCCUUUUCUAUCUCUCUCUCCCACCCCGGCUUCAGUCUUGGCGGUUUUGUUCUUAUUUUUUUUGAGCGUUUGAUUGCAAUUUCGUGAUCUUUGCCAAGAUUUAUGAGCUGGGUUUGAUCCCCUUUUGGAGAAAGAUUGUUCCUUUGAUUGAAGUUUGUUGGAUUGAUUCAUUUGGAUUUGGCGCACUUGUGCAAUCUUGCGGGAGAGGGAUUGAUUGAAUUUUGAGGAUCUUUAGUCUAUCAGGCAAGGUUACUUCAUUCUUUAUCUAUUCUUGUUUUGUUCAAGGAAUACUUGAAUUAUAGUGUUUUUUGUGAUUCUUAUUUUCAUUGAGGAAUUUUGAAAAUUGAAUUUGUGAGCCCUGAAAAGGGAGGAAAAUGAGGUGAAAAUGGGGAGGAGUGUGAUGAUCAUAUUGGAUUGAGUGUAAUUUAAGGUAUUUAGUUACAUGCAAUGGAAUUGAAUGUAGUUUCUGAGUUGAAAAGACGUAGUUUUGAUUGUGUUAAAGGUUGGAAUGUGCAUUUCUGCUUUGUUGCUUAUGUCUAGUUAGUUGUUUGUUUAGUGGGGAAUAUUUAGAAUUUGGAGAAGAUGAGAGCUGUAAGAGGAAUAGGAAGUUAUAUAAGUAGAAGUGUUUAUACUGUUUCGGGGCCAUUUCAUCCAUUUGGUGGUGCAGUGGAUAUUAUUGCGGUUGAACAGCAAGAUGGGACCUUUAAGUCAUCUCCUUGGUAUGUUAGGUUUGGCAAGUUUCAGGGGGUUUUAAAGGCAACAGAGAAAGUGGUUAGCAUUAGUGUCAAUGGGGUUGAAGCCGAUUUUAACAUGUAUUUAGAUCAUAAAGGCGAAGCGUACUUUCUCAAAGAGGUGGAUUUUGGAGAGGGGGAUGCCGUAUGUUCUCCCUCAUCUUCUGGUGAGGAUACUGAUGGACAGUCCCAUGACGGAAGGCCAGUGAAAUCAAAAAGUUGCAAUUAUGAUGCGUUAGAAUCGUCUUCUCUUGAACCAGUUGAUCUAAGCAAAGGGAAAGUUCUAGCGAGGACUAAUUCUCGGCAUGCUCGUAUCCUGGGGCUAGUGUUUGGUAGGAAGGCAAUGAAGAAGGACACUGCACCUGAGGAAGAGAACAAUGGUGGUGUCAUUAGGUCAGAGUCAUUGGAGCGAGCUGAAAUUGCAGCUGAUCUUUUGGAGGUUAAAUGGUGCACCAAUCUUGCCUCCCCUAAGAGUAAGAAAGAAAGUCUCUCACUACUGUCUUCCCAACCUAAAUUGGAGUCUAAUGAUAGUGAGGACAAUGUAAUAAAUGAUUCAGAUGAUAACAUCCUACAGAGUGGAAAGUCUGAACAAGUUUAUGUUGAAACUGUGCACACUACUGGUGUUGUGUGUCAGGUGAAUUCUCAAGCUGAAACUAGUUUCAAAGAAAAAGGAUCUUCCAGCAUUGGAGAUGAUUUUGAAAAUGAAAAUGUUGCAGUUUCUACCCUUGAUGAGAAUACUCCUGAAAAUGCUGCAGUUUCCUCAAGUUCCACAGGAAAUGGUUUUGUAACAACCUAUGCACAGACAGUCACUCUCCAACCUGUAUCUGGUUGUGGUCAAACCAUCGAGUCUCGGAGCAUUGUGACAAUCUCUACAUUAAGCAAUGCAACUUGUCAAUCCCUUGGGGAGGAAACUAGUUGUGCAGAAGAAACUAGUAGUGCAGAAGACAAACAAAGAGAGUCUGAACCUCCUAUGAAGCCUGUUCGUGGUUCUAUCCAGCUAGACAUCUUAACAUCUGAAAUAACAGAAGAAGAACAAUUGCUUUUUGGCGACUUUGAUGAUUUCAGUGCAGUCAAAGAGAUGGAGGAACCUAUUUCUCCAGAAUGCGAUGUGAAAGAAGGUGAUCCCCAGCUUUCAGAAAUAGAACCUGAAAAAGACCUAAGGAGGAAGUUAAAGUCCAUAUCCAGCCAUAUCAAUAUUCCCGCUACUGGUGGAGCCAAAUCUGAAGUAACUUUGAGAUAUGCAAGAUCUUUGCCCAAUAUGCCAUCAAAUAAAUAUACUCCGACUGCAAGUGAUUAUCAAUCACUGAACAAAUGCAAAUCUUUAAGCAGUAUGAAGAAUGAAGCAGCCACUGAUAGCCAAUAUCAGAACGAGUUAACAGCUGAGGAUGCUAACACUACAGCUAAAGGUGGAUUAAUUAAUUCAGCUAUUGAUACUACAAGAAGCAAUACCUGCACCGAAGAUAGAAAGGAUCUGCCGAAAUUGAAGCUUAACAAGAAGAAAACAAGGUCCAUAGUCCCAACAUCUGAGCAAUUAGCAUCUCUGAAUUUGAAAGAAGGGAUGAAUUCAAUUGUAUUCACAUUCUCAACUCCAGUUCUUGGGAAGCAACAGGUUCAUGCUCGAAUUUAUUUGUGGAAGUGGGACGCUCGCGUUGUGAUAUCUGACGUAGAUGGGACCAUCACUCGAUCUGAUCUUCUGGGACAGUUUAUGCCUUUGGUUGGAGUUGAUUGGUCUCAAACAGGUGUUGCACAUCUCUUUUCAGCUAUCAAGGAGAAUGGCUAUCAAUUGCUUUUUCUCAGUGCACGUGCAAUUUCUCAGGCUUACCGUACAAGACAAUUCUUAUUUAAUCUAAAGCAGGAUGGAAAAUUCUUGCCUGAGGGACCUGUCGUUAUAUCCCCAGAUGGUCUUUUUCCUUCUCUCUAUCGAGAAGUCGUGAGGAGAGCACCACAUGAAUUUAAAAUUGCUUGCUUGGAGGCUAUCAAAGCAUUGUUUCCUGCAGACAGAAAUCCAUUCUAUGCUGGUUUUGGAAACAGAGACACUGAUGAAAUUAGCUACCUUAAAGUUGGCAUUCCAAAGGGAAAGAUCUUUAUCAUUAAUCCUAAGGGUGAAAUUGUGGUAAAUCGGCGCGUUGAUACUAGGACAUACACUUCUCUUCAUACUCUCGUGCAUGACAUGUUUCCACCCUUGACAUCAUCUGAGCAGCAGGAGGACUACAAUUCAUGGAAUUACUGGAAACUUCCACCUCCAGGAAUUGAAUUUUGAACACCAAAUGCGCAUACAUCCAGUUGCUUUGUCAACUGUGAAUACUGAGCAAGUCUCUUUGCUUGUAACCUAUCAGUUGUAGAUACAAAGAAAAGGAACUGCGUCAGGAGACCAUUUUGUUCAAAAAGUAUAAGCAAAGUCUCCUUGAUGAUACUUCAUACAACUUCACUCCCAGCUUCUGGCAAAGGCAAGUGCACCAGGUUCCUCCAUGCUAUUUUUUUCGCAGAUCAUGGAGGGUAUAUAUACUUGAUAUCUUGGAGAAUAGACACAUUAGAGAGAAUGUCCUUGCAACUUGUAUUUGUUGGCCCUACUGGGCAGGCUAAUGUUCUGGGCCUUCUGGCAAGUAUAGAAAGAAUUAAAUGUGUGAUGCUCCCUUCGUCCCAAAAUGAUUGUCCUGAACGGUCAUUUUGGGAUGGUGGGGAGUAUGAUAUGUUGUCUGAAUUGGGACGAAAUCAUCAGUGACUGCUGAUGCUCUGUCAACAUAUAGAUAAGUAUAGCUUUUUGAAACGAUAAAAGGAUAUACAUACAUGUAGAUGAUAAUAUGACUCCAAAGCAG